AUGUCCUGGUCGGAUUUGUCAACAAAACUAAAGCAAAAUGUGGUUGGGAGACUGGAUUUGAUGAGCAGACAUGCCCUGAGAUGUACCAGCCGUGCGAAUCGUUAUCUAGUGAAUGAUAUGGAUUUCUUUGUUCCACGUGUCAGAAUUUCCGUCAAGGAUUCUGGAAUUCUGAUCAUGAUUCAUACGGGGAUAGAUAAGUUUUUGAGAAUCGAGAUGUGGAUUGGAGGAGAAUUUGAUGGGAAGACUAUUGCAAGGAAAUUCCAGAAUAGCUACGAUGCCAGACAUGCCAUCGAGAAAGUGCUUUCAGCGUCUCCUAGUUAUCAUGCUGCACGCAUUCUUUGUAGCCUUCUAUCUCAUAAGAAACUUCUUAUUGGUACAAUAGAAUGGGAGAUCGAAAGAGGGUUUGAUGUGAAGAAGGAGGAAGAAACAGAAUCUAGAUUUCAAGCGACAAUCAAAGAAACCCGCGAUUUGGUGGGGUUUUUCCAGAAACUUUCUAGAAAAUCCAAAGUGUUUCGUGCCAACAAAUUGGCCACCUCUUGGAAAAUGACAACAGAGAUGGAAAUGAUUCUGAAAAGAAUGUUUGUUGCGUCGGAUCUGAAGCAAAUCGAACGGAUUCAUGUUGCGCUGUCGGAGCACUCACUGACACCUCUCUUCUCUUUUGAUACUUAUUUACCAUCAUCUGAUGGAAAGGGAAUAAGAUGGGGCAACGCAAACAUCGCUCACGAAUGUGUAAACGAGAUUCUCACUACAUUGGUUGCAAUGGUUGUUAUGUCUGCAGGAUUUGGUGCGUUACGUUUUGCGAAAUUCGAUGAAUUUGCAAAAAGUAUCUGGGAUGACGUCAGUGAGCCGGUUACUGUGUUAUCUGAUAAGCUGACUACAAAACUGGAACGAUCGGAAUGUUCCGAUGGAAUGAUAACUUUGUUCCAUCAGAGAUCUGAUUGUGGGUACUGGAUUUAUGCAGUGUUGGACAGUCGUAGUGGUGGUUUCAAUAAAUCUGAAUUCUUGAACAACUCUUGUGGUCUCGGCUGGAUGUGCAAACGAUGUGCGGACCCAUUUGAAUAUGAUUAUUACCAAAAUUUGGGACGUCGAUGUGUCUUGGAACCGGAGUGGAAUGAUAUGGUGUUAGGGGAAAUUUUGAUAAGCGAUCCUGGCAGUAAUAUAAUUGAAAUGGCGACGAAGAGAUAUGAAAAAGAUGAGAUGAUGAUGAAGAGAAAGAUUCUUGGGACUCAGAAGAUGUGGGGAUUCGGUGACGGAAUUGCGUUCGCUGAAGAUUCUGAAAAUACAGCCAUUGGAUACACGAAGCGAAGACAAGAUGUCCUGGUCGGAUUUGUCCACAAAACUAAAGCAAAAUGUGGUUGGGAGGCUGGAUUUGAUGAGCAGACAUGCCUUGAGAUGUACCUGCAGAUUGAAUCGUUUUAUAGUGAAUGA